AUGGUGAGGAGGCGGAGGCACAACCACUUGGCUGUGGGCUGGCGCGGCGACAGGCGGCGACGCCCUCCUGGCCCAGAUCUGGGCCCUUUUGGGCCCCAUCUGGGUCUGGGCGGGCCUGGCCGGCGGCAUCGACGGACGGAGGAGCGGCUCGUGCGGGGGGUUGCGGAGACGGAGGCACGCGCACUGCAGCGCGGCGAUGGGAGCUUCACGAGCCCUAUCUGGCUCGGCCGGGCCGUGGGCCAGUGUUGCUCACACAAGCUGCGCUCCUUCCGCCGCCGCCGUCCGCCGUCCGCCGUCGAGAUGAGCUCCACCCCUGACCCCGAUACUCCUCCCAGGGUGGAGGAGAGGAGGAUCGCCUACUCCAAGGAGUCCCUGCUCUCUGUUCGUGAGGCCUGCCGCGACAAGCUGCCCGCUGGCAUCCACGCAUGCAAGAGGGAGGUCGAAGCGGCAUCGCUCAUGUGGGACUCGGAACCGCGGGGUGGGUCGGAGCCACCUCGAACGCGUGCAGGAUGCAAAUCGAAGAAGAUAGACAAGAUCUGCACCAGGUUUUUCAGGUUGGCAUUCCGCAAGCACAUUUUUCUCAAAAAAAGAAUGUCGUGGCGCUAACAAACCAGUGAACAAAAAUUUCAUAUCUACAAACAAGGAUUUCGCUGCAGCAGCUGUAUAAUCAAUUUUCUCUCGUGUAAAUUCCUCGCGGUGGAUCUUGUUUUUCUCGCCAACUGCGCAGCGCCGGCGACUGCCCCUUCGGCGAGGACUGCCGUUUCCUCCAUCGCGUUCCCAGCGGCCACCAGGAACCCGACCAGGCCGUUGCCAAGAAGAUGAGCAAGCUGGACCUAGGCGGCGACCCGGCACCAGCCACCGUCAAGACUCGGCUCUGCAAGAACCACGGCGCGCCGGAGGGGUGCAAGUGGGGGGAGAGGUGCCACUUCGCGCACGGCGACGGCGAGCUCGGAAAGCCCAUGGGACCCGGGAGCAGCUUCAAGACCAGGCUGUGCGUGAGCUUCGUUGCCGGCGGGUCGUGCGCCUUCGCCGGCAGGUGCCACUUCGCCCAUGGCGACGACGAGCUGCGCAGGCCAGACGCGUCUUGAGGGUCUCAAGAUCAAAACGUUUCUCUUCCUCAUGGUGUUUGUGAUGAUCGGCUAGUGAGUAUCGUCUGCAUACUACUUUCGUUCUCGGAAAUGCAUAAACAGAAGCUCUGCAUCUCCUAUCGGUAAACAGACCGAUAAAUUUCUUGUCGAUCCAUGCCGUAGCCCGAUGGUUUUCCA